AUGAAUGGUCUCCUGCAUGAGGAGAAGUUUAGUACACCAAUGCCUUGGAUUGGCAUGUAUGUAGCAGCAGCAUCCUUUGCCUGCCUAAUUGCAAUGGCAGCAGAUAUAAUCCUCGGCUUCCGGCACCAUAAACUCUGGUUCCCUUGCAAGUUCUUCUCCAUCAAUGCCACUUCUCUGACCUUGAUAGGUGUGGCAAUGAAAUUGUCAGUGGAUCUAAACACUCCCAUGCCCAACCGCCACGAUCAGCUCGCAAAGCUCAGCAGCUCUGUCUUGAUCUGCACAGCAAUGGGAAACUCCAUGCCUUCUCUUGGAGCCAUGGAGAAUGAAGAGAUGUUCAUGAAUGUAAUUGCUUUGGGAAUUUUAGUCAUUACCCUUAUUGUCAACAUCUGCAUCCAAUUAGCCACUGGAGCAAUCUUUGUGUUCUGGAAGGAGCAUGCUUCAAUUAUGUUCAUCAUGCUUGUUUUGCUCCUCAUGUUGAUUUUUUCUGCUUUAUCUGUUCCUACCACCAAAAGUUAUUUAGAAAAAGGGUACAAGAAAAGGUACCAGUUGUCCCAUGAAGAAUGCAAAAAUGCAAGUUUCAGAAGAGAGGUCUACAGACUCAAGGAGACAUUGACUAAACUCUGGGUGAUGGCUCACACCUCUAGCCCCCAAUUUGUGAUGGGCCGUUCGGUGACAUGCACUGCUUCUGGAGCUUUCUGUCUUUUUGGUGCCAUGAUUUUGGCAGAAGCCAUGCUUAGAACAUACUUGAUGCCCUGGUCGAUAAAGUUUUGCACCGGCGAAUCAGACUACAAAUUGACAACCGCUUUGAUCCUAUUUACACAGACUAUUGCAGUAGGAGUUGGUACCAUUGCUCCAGCAUUUAGAUGGUUCAUGGCGAUAAAUUUCAAGUGCCCGAUAAGAGGAAACAUGAGCUGCAAAAAGGAAUUUGAAAUUGAAAGGUACUGGAUUCAGGGACUGAUGGACUUGCAGAAGUGUCCAUUAAACUUUAGAAUCCAAAACAGGCACUGCAGGAAACUUGCUCAUCAAGCAAGGAACAAGCUCUUGGACUUAUGUAUUGCAAUGCAGAAGGGGAUUGUCCUAUUGAGUAAAGUGAUCCGAUUCAUUUCCAUUUUCUUUGUAAGUCGGCUCUUUUUACUCCACGACAUCUUCAAACAGUGGAAGAUCAAGAAGUUUGAAUUCGACACUGGACCAGAGUUACAGCAAAACCAAAGGCAAGAUCUUAGCGAUUACGUUUUGUAUCUUCAAGGUGAGGAUGCAUUGGUUCAUUUCAUGAUGAAUACAAAUUGCGAUGCUACUAAUCAUUGGAUUCAGAAAGGAAAGAAAGAAGAGCCCAAAUAUCUCAUCAAGCUCUUGGAGAACUCAACAGCCUCACAAGGAUUCAAAGGAGUGGCAGAGUUUGACAGUGACCAAGUUCCCUCUCUAGACUGUGAAGAGCCUCCAAAUUGUUGGGCUCUUCCUGUUGUGACACUAACAAGUAUUGCUGUUGCACUUCCAAACAUCAGCAGUGGUUCAAUGAAAAAUCUGAUACACGGCGUAAACGAGGGGCUCACGUACAUGAGUCUCAUUGAGAAGCAGCUGGAUAGCAAAGGAGAUCUUGCCAACAUCAGAAAGGCAGCAGAUAUUGUGUGGCUAAAAGUUGAUCUAUAUCACACAUGGCUAGAUGUGGAUCUUGGGAAAGUGUCACUUCAGGGAAAGAGCCCAAAGGAAACACUUGAAGGACUUUCAGAAACAGCAAAAUCCAUAUUUGAAGAAUCUAAAAAGAAGCAAAUUAGUAAAAAAAAUUGCUUAAGAGAUAGCCCCUCAAAAUGGUCAAUCAAGGAAUUGGCUGCUCAUUCCAUGUACAGAGUAUGCCAAACCCUUCUGCUAAAUUGUGAAGACAGCAGCAGAAACGAGACAGAUGAAAGAUUAUUUGAGGCCUUGGUUGUCAUGAUCUCUGACAUAAUGGGUGCAUGUAUCACUAAUUUACCGCAAUCUGUGGCCAUCAGGUGUCUCAACAGCAAAAUCGAAGAGAGGGAGGAAAGUGUGAGGGAUGCAGUUUACAUUCUUGGUAAAACUGAGAAGAUUUUUAGCAUUGUGGACAAGGGAAUUCCUUCAAGUUUGGAUCAACACCAAAUGGAAAACAUUGAUGAGUGGCGUUUGUUACACAAACCCAAGAUCCCUUUGGUGGCCUGCACUUCAUUUCUAAUAUCAGAGAGUGACAAAGCCUCUUCUGCAGGUACAAGUGAUCAUUUCUACCUUACCAUGGACUGA